AUGAAGCAAGAGAAUCAGGCAUUUAUGCAAGCCUGGGGUACUCAGUUAUUGACUGUUGUGCAAGAGAGAGAAAGGCAGCCAGUACCUCCAACACCUCAGUGGAUUGAUGCCUCAAAGUUGACUGAAAGGUUCCAGAAACUUAACCCCUCCACUUUUACAAAGGCGACAACUGACCUCCUCUAUCCGGCACAAUGGAUAAGGGAUAUGGAGGGAAUCUUCGAGGUACUUCGAUGUACUGAUGAAGAUAAGAUCAGGUGUGCUGCCUUCCAAUUUAGAGGAGAGGUUAAUUCUUGGUGGCAGUCCACUAAAGAUAACUUUAGACAAUUGUAUCCCAACCCUACAUGGGAUCAGUUUACGGAGACCUUCCAGGGAAACUACUUUCCCCAGAGCUUUCGCGAUCAGAAGGAGAUUGAGUUCAUGAGCCUGACCCAGGGACCCAAGUCAGUCCUUGAGUACCAGCAGAUUUUUGAAGAGCUCUUCUACUUUGCUCCCAAGCAUAUGAAGCCUGAUGGCGUCAAGGCCAGAAAAUUUGAGAAGGGGUUGAGACCUAGUAUUAUCUCAUCUAAGGUGUUACACAAUCUCCCCUCUUAUGCAGAAGUGGUCCAAGCCGCUAAGGUGAUUGAGGACAAACAGUGA